AUGCCCGAAUCCGUGCACUCCCAAGACCAAGACCAGUCCAUGGUCGACGCAGAGCUCAUUGAGCAGCCUCAAUCCAACGACCCAAUUCUCGAAGAGAAGCAGAUCGUCGUGCUCCCCGGCGCCACCGAAACCGCCGCUUCCUUCCAGUUCGAAGGCGAGGGCCAUACUAUGGGUAAUGCGCUGCGGUAUGCGAUUAUGAAGAAUCCGGCUGUCGAGUUCUGCGGCUAUACUAUUCCCCACCCCUCGGAUCCGAAGAUGCAUGUUCGUAUUCAGACGGAUGAUACCACUACCGCUCUCGAGGCUCUGGAGAAAGGAUUCAAUGAUCUGAUGGAUCUUUGCGACGUCGUUACUGAGAAGUUCACUGCCGCGCGGGACCAGUUCAAUGCUGAGAGUGGGAACCGUAUGGAGGCGUGA